AUGAGACGACGUCCCUCCUACUUGUGUUUCAUCGCCCUCUGGGCUCUAGUGGCCUCUCGACACGCCGAGCCCGUGAAGGCACCGUGGCGCCUACACACCGACUCAAGGUGGAUCGUCGAUAAGCAGGGGCGUCGGGUGAAGCUGGCGUGCGUCAACUGGGCGUCGCACCUCGAGCCCAUGGUCGCGGAAGGGCUCGACAAGAAACCCGUUGACUGGAUCUCGAAGCAGAUUGCCUCGAUGGGAUUCAACUGCGUCAGGCUCACGUGGCCGCUCUUCAUGGUCACCAACGACUCGCUGGGUUCGAUGUCGGUGGCGCAAUCGUUCCGGGAUCUCGGGUUGGUUGAUUAUAUCGGAGGCAUUCGACAGAACAAUCCGUCUCUUCUGGAUGUUUCUGUUCUCGCUGCUUUCCGGGCGGUUGUUACAAGCCUUGGAGACAAUAAUGUAAUGGUCAUACUAGACAAUCACAUUAGCAAGCCCGGUUGGUGUUGCAGCAACCGUGACGGUAACGGGUUCUUUGGCGACCAGUACUUCGACCCGAACCUUUGGAUCAAGGGCCUCACUCGGAUGGCCACAAUGAUCCGCCGCAUCGGUAACGUGGUCGGUAUGAGCUUGAGGAACGAGCUCCGAGGUCCUAAAGAAAAUCUGCGAGACUGGCUCAGGUACAUGGAGAGAGGAGCCGAAGUGGUGCAUUCGGCGAAUCCGCACGUGCUCGUCAUAGCCUCCGGCCUCUAUUACGACACCGACCUAUGGUUCCUUGGCCACAUACCGAUGAAGGUGAGCUUCGCCAGAAAGCUAGUUUUCGAGCUGCAUUGGUACGCAUCCUCGAGCGGGACAGUCUGGGAGGACGGCAACGCCAACGAGCGGUGCAAGGACGCGACAGACAAGGUGAUGAGCAAGGCGGGGUUCAUACUAAACCAGGGAAUGCCGCUCUUCGUGAGCGAAUUUGGAGGAGAACUGAGCGGACAAAACGUGAAUGACGACCGGUACUUCAACUGCUUCUUCGGAGUCGCGGCCAAGCUCGACUUCGAUUGGGCCUUGUGGACGAUUGUGGGGAGCUACUACUUGAGAAAAGGGAUCGUAGGGAUGGAGGAGACGUUCGGGGUGCUGAACAAGGACUUCUCCGGGCCUCGAAAUGCCAGCUUCUUGCAAAGGAUCUCUGCCCUUCAAGCCCCUUUUCAAGGUGCAACUUCAUCAAGUCCUACGCGCAGAAUUCUUUUUCAUCCGCUCACGGGUCUCUGCAUCCAAAGGAAACGAGAGCAGGAACAGCUGCAACUGGGCGCAUGCAACGAGUCCGAAGCUUGGACCCACACGCGCCACCACACGAUCCGGAUGAGAGGAACGGAUUUGUGUAUGCAAGCGGAUCGGCUGGAGAAGCCGGUGAAGCUCAGCACAAAUUGCGCGGACCACGGGUCUAGAUGGAAGACCAUUUCGGAGUCCAAAAUGCAUUUUUCAUCCAACAUCGUUGGCAGUAAUGUCACCGUUUGCUUGGACAUAGAUUUUAGUACUAAGACCGUCAUCGCGAGUCCUUGCAAAUGCUUGAGAGAAGAUGCUACCUGCAACCCGGCGAGCCAGUGGUUCGAGUUGGUAAACAUGACGCGUCCAACGUAG